UCUUUGGACUUUUCUAAUUCAGUUCAAGGCCACCAAAAGCUUCAUUGACAACAUAUUCCUAGUAUUUUCGUUUUAAUCGUACGAAAAUGACAGAGAGACCACUGCACUGUACGAUAAAAACUCCGGUUUUGAUAACACUGUCUGACCUUAAAUCUGAAUUCCAUUCUGGGUGCCGAAUGAUUGAUAUUUCCCUGUCGAAUGUUAUAAAUCCAGAGAAAACAGAGAUGCAAUUGAAAUCAAAAUCCAAACCAAAACUUGAAGAUGAAGUGAAGCAGGUUGGGGAAAUACAUUUCAAGAACAGUUACACAGCGUAUAUAACAGUGAAGGCAAAAUGUAGACUGCCUGAUAGCAAAGACGGUAGUGAAGUGAAGUGGCGUACCUGUGUACGGAGGUUCCGACUGAUGCCUAACCCUAAUGUAGAGGCCGGGUCACAGGAUUACUUUGUUCUCUCACGGAAACAGAUGCAGUUUGACUUGGUGAACGUAUCCGCCUUACGCAUCAUACUACAACAACCAUCGCCGGUCUGGAAAGAGUUUAAAAUUGAAGACUUGAAAGUGUUCAGAUCAUCUGAUUCGAUUAAACCGAACCCCUUGCCGUCCUGGCUAACAGACACUCCAGACAAGUCAAACAGGAAAAAAAUAGAGCCUGUUGAGGGAGAGUGGUUUCCCCCCACUGUAGUGAAAAAAGACAUGGAUGGCAUGGGUGUGGCUAAUUUGGAGUCCCUGUCUUCCACCUUACAACAGUUGUGGGCCCUGUCGGAGGAAGUGUCAGCACAGCAGACCAACAGAGCACUUGGGCGAUACGAGGUGGAUGGCUCCUAUGAAAUUAAUCUGCUGUCGUACACCUAGCAUCAGUGCAACUGAAGACACGAUUCAUCUCUAUAGAAACUGUCUGUCCUUUGGAGGACAAAAACACAGUUCAGUGACAGUGAUAUAGGAGAAAUUCAUUGGGUGACUUAAUUUACUUAAGAUAUGGCCAUGUUGUUAAUACUUUAAAGAUAAUGCACUCAAUAUUUACAUAAGACAUUUGUUUUGGUCCUGAGACUGUGAAAAUUGCAAGCCUUGGAAACUUGACAUUAUUUUGUAUAAAAGUAUUUAAUAAAAUCCUUAUCAAAAUACAUGUACAAUCGGCUAAAAUUAAAACACUUAAAGAUUCA